AGCCGCGCGUGCAGCUCUACCCGAGCCCGAGCCCGAGCCCGGGAGCGCCGAGCCCGGCUGGGGACCCCCCCUACCCAUGGAGCAGGUGUCCACCAUGGCUGAGCCCCGGGGCCCUGUAGACCAUGGAGUCCAGAUUCGCUUCAUCACGGAGCCAGUGUGUGAUGCAGAGAUGGGCACCCUACGUCGUGGCGGACGACGCCCAGCUAAGGAUGCAAGAGCCAAUACCUAUGGGGUUGCCGUGCGUGUGCAGGGCAUCGCUGGGCAGCCCUUUGUGGUGCUCAACAGUGGAGAGAAAGGCGGCGACUCCUUUGGAGUCCAGAUCAAGGGGGCCAACAACCGAGGGGCCCCAGGAGCUCUGAGCUCUGACUCGGAACUUCCCGAGAGCCCCUACUCUCAGGCCAAGGAGUUUCCUGCCCCCUCUCAGGGAAGCACAUCUGAUGAGGAGCCCGGGGCCCACUGGAAUGGAAGGCUACUGCGCUCCCAGUCCCAGGCCUCGCUGGCAGGCCCUGCCCCUAUGGGUCCAAGCAACAGGAGCACCAGCCUGCUGGAGCUAGCCCCCCAAGGAGCUUACCCGGGCAGCACCAUUGACACUGCCCCCCUGUCUUCGGUGGACUCCCUCAUCAACAAGUUUGACAGUCACCAUGGGGGCCAGGCCCGGGGCCGGACUGGCCGCCGCACGCGGAUGCUGCCCCCUGAACAGCGCAAGCGGAGCCAGAGCCUGGACAACCGUCUCCCAAGGGACACCGUUGAGGAACGGGAGCGCUGGUCCCCCAACCACUGGACCCCUAGCACAAAGCAUGACCAGCACACGGGCAGCUUGAAACAGUCAGUGCAGAGCUGUCUUGGUGGUUUUAGCCGUUCCCGUCAGACCCAGGACUGGGUCCUUCAGAGUUUUGAGGAGCUACGGGAGAGAGCACAGGACCCUCCCAUGCUACAGUUCAAAUCAACUCCAGACCUUCUCCGAGACCAGCAGGAGGCAGUCCCACCAGGCAGUGUGGACCACGUGAAGGCCACCAUCUACGGCGUCCUGAGAGAGGGAAGCUCAGAAAGUGAAACCUCUGUGAGGAGGAAGGUCAGUUUGGUGCUGGAGCAGAUGCAGCCUCUGGUGAUGGCUUCUUCUGGUUCCACGAAGGCAGGGCAGGGUGAACUCACCCAAAAAGUGGAGGAGCUACAGAAAAAGCUGGAUGAAGAAGUGAAGAAACGGCAGAAGCUAGAGCCAUCCCGUGUUGGGCUGGAGCGGCAGCUAGCGGAGAAGGCAGAAGAGUGCAGCCGACUGCAGGAGCUGCUGGAGAGGAGGAAUGGGGAAGCCCAGCAGAGCACCAAGGAGCUCCAGAACAUGAAGCUCCUCCUGGACCAGGGUGAAAGGGUACGGCAUGGGCUGGAGACGCAGGUGAUGGAGCUGCAGGACAAGCUGAAACAGGCCCAGUGUCCUGAGCCUGCUAAAGAGGUGCUAAUAAAGGACCUGGUAGAGACCCGGGAGCUUCUGGAAGAGGUCUUAGAGGGGAAGCAGCGGGUAGAGGAGCAGCUGAGGCUGCGGGAGCGGGAGCUGACAGCACUGAAGGGCGCCCUGAAGGAGGAGGUGGCCUCCCGUGACCAGGAGGUAGAGCAUGUGCGGCAGCAGUACCAGCGGGACGCAGAGCAGCUUCGCCGGAGCAUGCAGGAUGCAGUCCAGGAUCACGCAGCAUUGGAGGCCGAGAGGCAGAAGAUGUCAGCCCUGGUGCGGGAGCUGCAGAGGGAAUUGGAGGAGACCUCAGAGGAGACAGGGCAUUGGCAGAGCAUGUUUCAGAAGAACAAGGAGGAGCUUAGAGCCACCAAGCAAGAACUCCUGCAGCUGCGGAUGGAGAAGGAAGAGAUGGAAGAGGAACUUGGGGAGAAGAUAGAGGUCUUGCAGAGGGAAUUAGGGCAGGCCCGGGUUGGUGCUGGAGAUACUCGCCAGGUGGAGGAGCUCAAGAAG